UAUCAUUUAUAGCGGAGCUAUCACAACGAGCGGAACAAACAAAAUUCGGCGAGCUAGCGGCUGUGGAGAUUUUCGUAAACAUUUCCGCUUCCAGAUGUUUCUGUGCAUACCACUUUUGCUUUUGGUUGUUUAACGGAAAAUCGCACGCGAAAUGUUGAAAAUUUGGAAAUAUUUGCUUUUGGUGCUACUUGUCAUACACGGAUCUUGGCAAAUCUGCGACCGUAGACCGUUAGGAGCCCCUAAUGAGCUCUCAGCGGUGGAUGAAAAUUUUCAAGUGAUAAUCGAAGGCAAUCCAACAACUUAUAUACCAGGACAGCGUUAUAAUGUUACGCUAUUAUGUGACGAUGCUCUCAAAUUUAUCGGUUUCACGCUGGUUGUGGAAAACGAUCCCACAAGUCUCUCUGAGUCCGACGAGGUCGGCUUUUUCGAGCUCAUCGAUACCACCGACACACGUUUCAGCUCGCGCUGUGAGAACAUGAUCGAGAGCACUAAUAUGAAUGCGAAAAUACGUAUUAGUGUUGGCUGGGUAGCGCCAGCUAUCAAUUGCAGUUGCCUGCUCAUCAGGGCAGCUGUGUUGCAACAUCGGAAUGUUUGGUUCAUUGAUGACGGUUUUCUGACCAAACGCAUUUGCCCGGAAGAAAUUGAUGAUGUAAACAAACAGACGCCACCAGUGGAUCCAUGCUGCGCGUGUGAUGAGGCAAAAUAUGAGCUGAUUGUGGAGCGUAAAUGGGGUUGUAAUACACAUCCGAAAGAUUUUCCCGUGGAAGAAUGGCGCACGCGAUUAAGUGAGAUUAUCGGAGCAUCACACACGAAAGAAUACAAUUUUUGGCAAUAUGGUGAGAGCGCAAGCCGUGGCUUACGAGAAUUGGCGGAGCAUGGCGCCACCAGAGAACUGGAAAUGGAAAUAAAGUACGGCGAUAUACGUACCAUGAUCAAGGCACCUGGCAUCAAGUUUCGCAAGAAUGUUAUUAGCACCACUCUGGCUAAUGUGCGUGUGGAUCCGCAACAUCACGUCAUCUCGUUGGUUUCGAAAAUUGAACCAUCGCCCGAUUGGGUAUUGGGAGUUGCCGGUUUGGAAUUGUGUCUCGCUAAUUGCACUUGGAUUAAUGAGAAAGUAUUGAAUUUAUAUCCCUGGGAUAUUGGCACUGAUGCCGGUCCAUCCUAUAUGUCUCCGGAUCAAGCGCAAGUACCGCCAGAUGUUGUGCGCCGCAUAACAUCCACAUCGCCGAAUGAUGAACGAUCUCCAUUCUAUGAAAAAUCCGGUGCACCGAUGAAGCCAUUGGCUACGCUCUAUGUGAAGCGAAAGAAGUUGUAUGAGCGUGAAUGUGAAUCAGCUGAAAUCGUGCCAUUGGAAUGCUCAACCCAUCCAUGGAAUACUUGGAGUGAGUGUACAACACGUUGCGGACCGGGCACACAAUUUCGAACGCGCGCUUACAAAGACCCUGCGUUGGCAGCAGCAGCGAGCUCUAAGUGCCAGGUAGUCCUUCGGCAAACACGAAAAUGUGUGGGCGAACAGUGUGGAGCGCCGCAGGAAGAACUUGAAGCAGGCAAGGCAGGUACAUGUGAACUGACGCCUUGGAGUGCAUGGACACCAUGCUCGAGGCGGUGUGGCCGUGGCGUUUCAAUACGCAAGCGGGACUAUACGAAUCCCUAUGAACGUGAAAAAUGUUUGAACGAGAAACCUGUAAAGUUAGAGCAACGGAAGAGUUGUGAAGGCAUUGAUUGUGAUGGCGGCAGACAAACGCAGAAUCGCUAUGAAGAAGAAACUGAGCGAGAUAACGAGAACUUAGAUGAACAAGAAUUUGAAACGAAUGAAGGCAACGAUGAUCCCAAUGAAGCAGAGGAAGCUGCAGAAGAAAAUGAUGGCAAUCAGCUGCCCAAACCCGAGCAAUUUGGUCAGCGCCGACCAGAUUUUUCCCCCAGUUUGCCAGAUUCGCGUUAUUUUGGGCGACAACCAGACAUGUCGAUUAAUCAGAACUUCGAUCAACCAGCCGUUGAAGAGGAGGAGAACGAGCAAAGAGAUCCAAUAGACGAUAUUCCGGAUGAACAGAACCGCUAUCGGGGCGGCAUGACACGCUAUAAUCAGCGCAACGAUGAUUUUGAAUACAGCAACGUUGAUGAAGACAACAACUAUGGCAUUCGUGCGGAAUAUGAUGAGAAUGGACAUAAAGCUAUAUACGCAGAAAGCAGUGAUCCGAGCAAUUACAAUGUAGUGCAGCAAUAUUGCUUUCAGAUGCCGCAUAUGUGGCGAUCUCCUUGCUAUCGAAAGAUAUUAGGUGUGCGGAACUACUGGUUCUACGAUGCCAGUGAUCGUCAAUGCAAAUUGUUUACCACCGAUGACUGUGAUGACAAUAAAAAUAAAUUUAGGUCAUUGGAGGCCUGCGAAGGUACUUGUCUUUUGCCACAUAAUAACCAAGAAAGUAUGCAGGAUGUGGAGGAGGACAAUGAGUGGACGCGACAGUUCGGGGAGCCAGAGUCGUUGGUUAAAAAGCCAAGAAGAAAGGAACGACGUAGAAAUCGUAAACGGAAACAAAACGAAGGAGUUGUGGGAAAUAUUAGGUACUAUUGACAAGUGAGAUGAAUUGUAAAAGUCAAAAGAAAUUUGAAAUUGAAAGAAACUAAAUAAAUGAA